AUGGCCGGCUCAGGGGCCUUUUGCAUUUCGGAAAACGGCGGCGCUGCAGCGCCAAACGAGCCGUUCAAGAAGCGGCGAAGGCUGCAGUCCGGGGGCUCCGUCUUCGCCUUUAUUGGCGCUGAGUUUUGGCAUUUAUCUAAAGUUGAAGAAAGAAAAAAUCUCCGGACUUUCUUGCUGCCUUUCGGAGCCCCCCGAGCAGAACUUGAAUUCCCAGCCCUCAGCCUCCCGCAAGCUGUCCGCCUUCUCGUGCGAUCCGCCACUCCAGCGCCUCCUCAGCAGCCUCUGAAGCUUCCUGCUGCUUCCAUUUCGGAUUUAAGAAGAAAAACUUUCCAAAAAAGGCCUCGAGACCCGCAAGCAAAGGCCCCUUUGCUGCUCAUCGCCUGCUCCAGCUGCAGCAGCCAGGCAGAUCUGCAGCAGCAGCAACACCUCAGACGCAGCUGCUGCUCCCAGACCUCCCUUUCGCCUGCUGCAUCCAGCGACAGCAGCAGCAGCAGCAGCAGCAGCAGCAGCAGCGGCAGCUUCCCUGCCCCUCUCUCUCCCUCAGCAGCAAACCCUCGACUGGCUCCACAAAGUGGCACAACAGAAGCUUCUGCAUGCCCAGGCUCUUUGCUGCAGUGCCCGUCUUUGCUGCAGUGCCCCUCUUUGCUGCAGUGCCCUUCUUUGCUGCAGUGCAACUCUUUGCUGCAGUGCCCCUCUUUGCUGCCUGCGAGUUUGGCGCGGCGCCUCCGUUUUAAAUUUGAGCUGGGGCUUCAUUCUGCUGGAAUUCUUCCUUUUGAAAGAUUGCCCAAGAAGCUGCCCAAAGCCCCCACGCUGCUGCUUUGGGCAAAAGCCCGCAGCAAGUUGUUGCACGGGAGAAAGCAUGGAGCCGCAGCAGCAGCAGCAAAUUUCAGCUGCUGCUACUUCAGGCGCGGCGCUGCAGCAGCAGCAGCAGCAGCAGCAGCAGCUUCUGAAGCUGCGCCAUUUUCGCCUCUUUUUCCUCCAGAAGAGCUUCAGUUGGAGCUCGAGAGCUGCGAAACAGGAUGUGUUGUUGUGUCUGUACCCUGCUGCAGUGGGAGCAGCAGCUCUGCUGCUGCUGCUGCUGCUGCUUCGGUUUUGGUGUUUCCGCCGCCGCUGCUGCCGCUGCUGCACCGAAACGCAAAGCCGCAAGCAGCAGCAGCCGUUCAAACUGCUGCUACUGCUGCUGCUGCUGAGGCACCACCGGGAAACGAAAAAGAGAGGAAUGAAGCAGCAAAAAACAUUUCAGGAAUUGUUCUGGAAAGCCAGAGAAAUUCGGAACAAAGCUCCGUUUUGUUCAAGUUGCUGCUGCCAGCAGCAGCAGCAAACGACGCUGCUGCUGCUCAGGAGCAGCAACGGGGAGCGGAACAAGGCCCCCCAGAAAGCGAAGAAGACAUGCUGCUUCAAGAAGACCCCGAGCUGCUGCAGCGGCUGGCCAAAGGCUUCCGCCGCCUCAUUUCCCAAAAGGCUCUUCGCCAGGAAAAGGAAGCAAAACGCCGCCAAGGGCUGCGGCAGCAGCUGCAGCAGCUGCAGCAGCUGCAGCAGCAGCAGCAAAAUGGAAGCAAAGAGACUCGAGAGAUAAAAGACAGCCAAGAAGAAGCCUCGCCUCUGCAGCAAAUGGCAGCAAUUGAUAAUGUCCUCUUUUGCUGCUCUGCAGCAGAUCUUCAAGAAGAUUUUCUUUUUGUUAGCAUUCAGGACUGGACUGCGGCGCUCCUAGCAGCAACGCAGCAGCGAGCUGCGGCCUGCAGCAGCCUGUGGCAGCAGCAGCAGCAGCAGCAGCAGCAACAGGAGCAGCAGCCGCACCAGCAACAGCAACAGGAGCAGCAGCAGCACCUGCUGCUGCUGCAGAGGGUAAAGAGCGGGUGUCCCCCUGCUGCUGUCGCUGCUGCAGCAAGAACAGCAGCAGCUCGCGUUGCUGCAGCAGCAGCAAGAGCGUUUGGCUACAACAUCAGCAACAAAGCUUUAGCGUUUGAGGCAUCAGCAGCAGAAAAAGCAGCAGCACUUUUUCCUGUAAGAGUUCAUUUUCUUCAAACUUUCAAAAGCACUUCCGCCCUUAUGCUGCUGCUGCUGCUGCUGCAGCAGCAAGAGAGGACUGAAUCGGCGCUGUUCGACUUGUUUGCUGCUGCUGCUGCUGCCUGCGCCCUCGUGCUGCUGCAGCAGCAGCUUCUCGACGGGGGAAAGCUGCAAGCCCGCUGCUUCCUCUCGCAGCUCUUAGCAGCAAAUCCGUGUCUUCGGGGGCCCCUUUCAGUUGCUGCAGCAGCAAUUCUUCCGCAAGAGGCAGUGGCGCUCCUUGGUGCAGCAGCACCCCCAGCAGCAGCAGCAGCAGCAGCAGCAGCAGCAGCAGAGAAAAAGAAAAGGAACAGCAGCGGCGGAGAGUUGAAUGCAGCAAAAGUUUCAGUUGUGGCAAAUUGCUGCCGCCUUUUUCCCCGCGUCUCCGUUUUUGUUUCUUUUGAUGGGUUGCUGCAGCCGCUGCAGCAGGAGCUGGAGCAGCAAGGAUUUAAUUUCGAAAUUUUGGCGGGGGAGGAAUCAGCAAAAGAGAGACACGAGGAUGCUGCAGAAGAAACUCCUGGAGCUCUCGGUGUCUGUACAGCGCACUUGAAAGCCACCCAGAAGCUGCAGCCGCUCGACUGGCUCUGUGAAGGCUCAAGGCUGAGCACGGCAGCGGCGAAGUACGCGAGCACACAGAAGAACGCCCCAAACGAAAAGCCCCUCGCUCAGCCGCAGCAGCAGCAAGAACAGCAGCAGCAGCAGCAAGAACAGCAGCAGCAGCAGCAAGAACAGCAGCAGCAGCAGCAGCAGGGGGGCGGCGCACCAGUUGAAGACGGCGAGGAAGGCGAGCAGCAGCAGCAAAAAGCCCGCAACUAA